AUGCUUGACGUCAUGGAUAGGACGCAAAGAGAUCUUAUCCCAGUUUUCACACUCUCCUCCGAUGUUCAAAGUGGGGCAGAAACAGAAACCACUUACCUAAUAGAUCUGAGGUCACAAGAAGGUCAAGACAAUUGGCAGUAUGGUUUUCAAUAUCCGGCACUCGGCACUCGAGGUUAUAAGAAGUCGCAAGGUCGUUCGCCCCGUGUGAUCUGUUCUCAUAUGGAAAUAAACAUUCCGAAUGCUGUGCAUUAA